CAUACACCUACCUUUAUUUACUAAUAUUGUGCAACUCAGUGACCAAUCCUUAAAUUAUAAUGCCAUAAAAUGUCCCUAAACCGCAUCUCUUUCCUUGAAGGAUGGGAGCGCAACCCCGCGGCCUUUCUCGGCCACCCCGAAUCGGAGGAUUCGGAUCCGGACUCCUACCAAGAUCUGCCCGAGGGAUCCGUGUCAUCUUCAUUUCCCUCCACAUACAGCAGACUGAAUUUCAACCCGUAUGCGGGGCCAGGCUGGAAUGAGAGCCCAGAGGAUCCACACGACGAUCGAUCCUCGUUUUUCGGGCCCUCGUUUCUGGGUCUCUCUCCGGCGACUACCCGUGAGGAACGUGCGGGUUCGGGUUCAGCGCAGGGACUGGGAUCUACAGGGCGGACUGAGCACGAGGAUUCAGGGACCACCGUUGCUCGGACGCCGCCUUGUGCGGAUACUACCGGUGCUUAUGAAGUGAGCGCUGCUAGGAGGAUUGCCCAGGUCUUCACGGCAGUUGUAUACUGCUUUCUGGCUGCUGGAGUUGUUUUCGGCUUUGCAGCUCUCAAGCCCAUCCUUAUUCGAGAGAAAGUAUAUCGCAACCUCUGCUCCCAGGCUGAGCUUGAGGAAGAUGUCGAUGUGUGCUUUGGGCAGGAGAUCCGGCUAAACCUGAUGUUCACCAUUGCCGCUGUAGUAACCAAUGUCUCAGCCCUACCCGUAGGAACAAUCCUAGACGCGUAUGGACCACGAGUUUGUGGGAUCAUCGGCAGUAUCUGUCUCGCCAUAGGAGCAGUACUCUUCGGGACAGCCAGCAAGCUUCCAUUCGAUGGGUACAUCCCAGGUUACUUAUUCCUAGCACUGGGAGGACCAUUCGUAUUCAUUUCAUCCUUCCAGCUAUCAAACACGUUCCCCACACGAUCCGGCCUGAUCCUAUCAAUGCUGACAGGCGCCUUCGAUGCCUCGAGUGCUCUAUUCCUGCUUUUCAGACUGUUAAGCGAACACACUCAUGGCCUCGUAUCAACCAACAAUUUCUUCGCGGUGUACCUCAUCGUACCGGUAUUCAUCAUCGCAGCACAGAUCUUCAUAAUGCCACCAACAUCCUACAAAACCGCCGGCGAGCUCGUACAACAAGCCAAAGCGCACGUCGCAGACGAGAUACACGAUCGCAUAGAUGACACGGCUGACGACCGUACCGAGGGCGAGCGCCAGCGUAUGCACAGACGACUCCAUCGCCAAAGCAUCGUCAGCCACAUCCAAGAUCUACUAGAUGACGGCACAGCCUCCGUGAUAUCCGGCCAUACGAUCAACGACGCCGUCUUCCACACCAACAUCGACACCUCGCUCGAUAUCAAUACCACCAGAGGAACCCACGGUACUACAACACCACACCCCCACACACCCCAACAACAACCAACGACCCCCAACCCGACACCAGGCGGGAUUUGGGGCGUUCUCCACGGCCGCAGCGCACUAUACCAACUACGCACACCCUGGUUCACGCUAAUAACAGCCUUCACUGUUCUAAUGAUGCUACGAAUAAACUACUUCGUCGCAACGCUACGCUCACAAUACACCUACCUGCUCUCCGCAGAGACAGCCGCACAAAUAAACACAAUAUUCGACAUCCUCCUACCCGUCGGCGGACUUGUCUCUGUCCCGUUUAUCGGCACAUUCCUCGACAUAUUCCAGACACGCACUGUGCUCUUGAUCCUCGUCGUGUCGGCAACCGUCAUCGGCGUGCUGGGCUGUAUACCGCAUCCAGCAGCUGCAUAUGGGAAUAUCAUUUUGUUCGUGUUGUACCGACCGUUCUAUUACACCGCUGUAUCGGACUACGCGGCUAAAGUGUUUGGGUUUGCGACGUUUGGGAAGGUGUACGGGCUCAUUAUCUGUCUUGCUGGUGUUGGGAAUUUUGCGCAGGCGGGACUUGAUGCGCUUACGUUGAAGAUUUGGAGGGGGAAUCCUGUGCCUGUUAAUGUUGGGCUUACGGUGUUGGUUGCUGGGGUUGGCGGUGGGCUUGUUGGGUUUGUUGCUUAUCAGACGGGUGUUUUGGGGAGGAGGAGGAGGGGUGAUGGUGAUCAGUAUCAAGAUGUUAGGGAGAGAGAGCCGUUGUUGAGGAAUGAUGCACCCGACAGACGGUAUGGGGCUUGA